GGGUUUUACAUACAGCGUACUUCACAACGGAUUAUUUAGAGUCCGGGGCUCUGUUUGGUGAUAAGACAGAAAGAAAGAGAAAGUGCGUCUCUCCUUUAGCACGCCAUCCGACAAGCGGAACAGUGGCGACUAAAGAGGACAACGGUAGUAAUCUUACACAUAAUCGACUCGGGAGAUAGAACGGAAAUAUAAGUGGAAUCGCAUAAAGGUAGUUUCGAGUUUCGCCUAUGAUACUUGUUAAUGCAGCCGUCUCCUGGCUGGGUGGAGUGAUGAUAUGGACAUCAGAAGCCGUAAGCUGAGCAGUAGCGGUACAGCAUAGCGGUGACUACGGCAAGAUCCAUGACAGGAGGCAGGAGGGCGCCUCCGCUUCCGCUCUUGUAGAAGUAGAACUCGUAAUAGACUUUGCCCACGGGGUAGCGGGUGGGGCGGAUCGGAUGCAUGCAGGCGAUAGUGUUGUUGUAUGGAUCUUGCAGCACGACAUCAACACCAUUCGUGCUCGGAGCCCACUGGUAACGGAGGCCGUCGGGACCGAUACAGCUUCUAUAAGCAGGGUUGCUUGGAUGCGGCUUAGUCAGGUCGAUCAUUGGCACGCUGAUCUUGCCAAUCGUAACGCGACCGAGGGCACCGUUCAUUCCCCACUCAAAGCGGGCGACACGGUCCUCUCUGUCACCGCGAGAGGUGCGGUAACAUUCCGUAACAUUACGGGUAUAAUCGUGCGUGAAACGGUAGAACGCUCCCCAAGGGCCGAAGAUCAUGGAGUCGCGGGGGUCUUCAGACGACCAGCAAAGCUUGUCCUUGCCGCCGUUAGCGUUGAAGGCCUGCAUAGUAGAAGCAAGAGAGAGGGCUAGAAGUGGGUGAACAAGAGAGAGCAAGUGGGGGCUGAGAGAAGAGACUGGAAGUAGACUCCGAUGGAGGAAAAGAGUGCCAGGAAGUUGUCCCUCUUAUACGCAUCCUGAAGAGCUGCUGGGGCCUGUCGACAUGCAGUCUGUCAUCCGAAAGAAAGUUCUCCUUGAUCGAGUAUCUUGUCUUAGUCUCACCCCGCUUUGCCUUCUCAACAUCGGCAACGUGUGUUAAAGUUCCGAUCUGUCGAUAGAAUGACCUGCAGGCCUACAAGGUAGUGAACGUGCAGGAACACGCGACUUGGGGAUACGAUACCCCGGUGCUCCGAUGGCCCAUUCAUUGGCAAGGACAUGUGCGAAUGAGGAGCAGAGAAAUGCUGCGCCCCCAUGCGCGAAGAGGUGAAUUCCGCUAUCAUGGUAUGGCCAACAAUUACUAUCCGAGUUCGAAGAGAGAAAAGAAAAGCCAUGUAUAUCCAUCAGUGGCUACGUUAGCGCGUGGAGUGGCAGCCUUGCCUUGUACCGGACGCAUAAAAAAGUAAUCGCGAUCAAAAGAAAAUUUAGCUGGCGACGGUGGUAGUGUUGUUCAGAAUAGAGCAGAGACCGACAAAGCAUAGGCCAAAGUUAUGAUCGUCGCAAAAAAAGUUACAGCGAAACAAGGGCGAGAUUAAUCUCAUGCGCGAUAGAAGCCGAAGCGCGGAGCUAUAGACUGGAUUGGCAAUUGAUGUGGCAUUUUUUUUCAUCCAAAGACGUCGAAGAUUAGCGCUGAGCUGGUAGUGUUGGGAAGUGUUGGUAGAACUAGGAAGUCUGAUGCAAGCAGAGGAGAUUGCCAUAGCUGACGACGAGUAGAUGCGGAACACAAUAGGUGCUAUCUUCGUGCAUGCUUGGCCGCCGCCGCCAGCAACGAUGGCGACAAUACAAUGACGGUGUGCGCGAAACCGACGCGUCGGGAGUAAACUUCCCUUUUUGGGAUUAGAAGUAGCGAGCGCCAUUGUCCUUCAGGUAGUAUUGGUAUCCGCGCUAUGGAGACUGCACUUAGUCGCAGCAAACUUUCUUCUUGAUGCUCACCGAUUAAGGCUCUGUCAGUCCGACGUCUUGUCUAGGAAUCUCAACUCUAUCUUUGUUCGAAGCGAUCACUGUGGUCCUACGGGCUGAAACUCACAACACCACUCUCCGCCUUUUGUCCUUCCUUCCAUUUGCUAGUCUGGUCGUUACUGAUGGGCAGGGAAAGGCUCAUACGGUUCGUGAUCUGCAUUUCUCCGAUUAGGUACAAAGGGUCGUUAACUGAGCUUCAGUGUCAGUCCGACACAAGAACGCAGUAUAAACCGAACACGAAGAGCUUCCCGGUGAAAUUUGACGAUGUUCCGCUCCUACAUGAAUUAAGGAACGACUUGGACGCCGAGCGAGCGCGCUGUUCCAAUGACUGUGCUGGCUAUGGACUGGAGGCGCAGAUGCUUCAGAUGCUCGUCAGUUGCCUUAAUUUUCGCAAUCUCAUAGACAUGUUUCAGGGAGAUUGUUCCGGAGACCUCAUGUCCGGGCUUGCCGGUGCCCUUUUCGAUGCCAGCGGCCUUCUUUACGAAGUAGGCGACUGGAGGUGUUUUGGUGAUGAAAGUGAACGAGCGGUCCGGCUGGACAGUGAUGAGGGUCGGGGUAGGGACGCCCGGCUCGAUGUGUGCUGUGCGCUCAUUGAACUGCUUGCAAAAGUCCAUCGAUUUAACCCCACGUGCACCCAAUGCUGGGCCGAUCGGGGGUGCGGGUCCUGCCUUGCCAGCUUGUAUCAAGAUGCGCUGCACACACUCCAGUUACGCCUGCAUUCCAGAAAAAAACAUGUAGCGGAAACCUACCACGACCUGAGCACGCGCUUUCUGAGCUUUCGACAUGCCGGCACGCCUCCUGAGGUGUUGCGAGACGGAGAGGCUCAACUCAAGCGUGCAAGGGGAGACACGGACGCAAUGUGCACUGAGGACACGCUGAGCCAAACAGAACGCACCACACGCAGGAUGAAAACGCGAUCGGUGCCGCGCACGUGACUUGCGGAAACAGACUCUCUUGCCUAACGCGGCUACCUUGCACUCACGACGCCUCUUCUCCUUUAGACAUCAUGUUGCUUAGCACGACGGCCAUUCUUGCCUGCAUUACGGUUGCUGCGGCACAACAAACCGUCUUGGAUGACAUACUCCGGAGUGCAGACGUGCAUCGUACUGACUUCGUAGAUAUUUAUGAGGCAUAUCCUGAGUAUAGCCUCGAUUUAGGCGAACGCCGGGUCAUUCAAUUCGACCCCUCGGCUCGUCCUGUCGUGCUGACUGAGCUAGAGAAGAUCGAACUCAAAGCCCAGGGCGUCAAGUUCUUCGACAUAACCGAUUCUCCAGACUUAGGGUCCCAUGGACACCUCCGAAGGAUAAGCUCUCCAUCCUUCCCCGCCCCAAACGCAACGAAGCAAGUCAAGUCGGUUAUUGAGACGCUAAGUACCGAUGGAAUGAUAGAGAACCUUGAGACAUUUACGGGAUUUCGGACGCGAUAUUACCGGAGUGACACCGGAAGACAAAGUCAGCUCUGGCUUCUGUCUAGAAUAAAUGAGAUAACCUCGACGUUCGCAAGCGAAUCUGUCCGAAAUCGAAUUAGUAUUUCGGAGUUUCCACACUCUUGGGCCCAGAAGUCCAUUAUCGUGAAAAUUGCCGGAACGUUGCCCGACGACGAGGGAAUAAUCAUAGUCGGAGCUCACCAGGAUAGCGCGCACACUUGGCCCUUCCUUCCUGCACCUGGUGCCGAUGACGACGGAUCGGGAACGAUGUCUAUCCUCGAGGCUUAUCGAGGGCUUGUUUCUACCGGAUUUUCGCCGAAACAUACCGUCGAAUUUCACUUCUACAGUGCAGAGGAGGGUGGUCUGCUCGGAUCUCAGGCCGUUGCGCAUGACUAUGAAUCUCGGGGUGUAAAUGUGCUUGCCAUGAGUCAGUUUGAUAUGACCGCCUGGGUCAAGCGAGGCACCAAGGAAUCUGUCGGCAUUAUAACGGAUUAUACCGACAACGGUCUGACAGAGUUCAACAAGGCUCUUGUGGAGAAAUACUUGACUAUCCCGCACGUGGAUACCAAGUGCGGUUACGCUUGCAGUGACCACGCUUCGUGGGGUAGAGCUGGCUACCCGGCAAUCUUUACUAUAGAGAGCAAGUUCGAGGAAUCAAACCCAUACAUUCACUCCGGGAACGAUCGCAUUGACGUUUCAGAUGAGUUCAGCUUUGAGCACAUGCUCGAAUUCGCUAAGCUUGCGGCUGCUUUUGCAAUAGAGCUUGGACAAUGGGUUCAGGAUUAGACGCGCAGAAUACCACGAUGCUAGAUUAGAGAUCGCGCAUACCAUGAUGAUGUUUUCGAUGUCCGGUAUCUUGGCAAUGAUCUAAUGAUGAGCAAU